UAAAUAAGCGCGCCGCCUUGGCAUCUCCAACACAACCAUCCAUUCGUAUCCGUCGACCUGAGCUACAAGCGCACACCACAGCAAAAUAUCGAAGACAAGCAAAUCAUCCAUGGGAGCUGGGAUGAAGCGCGCGAGGGAGGAGGAGCCGGUCUCGCUGGCACUGUCCCUUACCACGGAUUCGACGACGUCCACCACGUCGGCCGACUCAUCCGGUUCGCCGGCGGCGACGCAGAAAAAGAGACCACGCCGUGGGAGAGUGGUUGCGACGUCGGGGGAAGGGGAUUUCGUGUGCAAGACGUGCGGCCGAGCCUUCGCGACAUUCCAGGCGCUGGGCGGACACCGGACCAGCCACCUCCGCGCCCUCCAUGGACUCGAGCUCGGCGUCGGCGUCGCAAAAGCCAUCAGGGAGAAGAAACGAAGCGAGGAGAAGCAGCAGCAUGAGUGCCACAUCUGCGGGCUCGGCUUCGAGAUGGGCCAGGCGCUGGGUGGACACAUGAGGCGGCACCGCGACGAGAUGGCGCUCACCCUCAGCGGCGCUGGCUCCGGUGCCAACGACCAUUGGGUCAUCUUGCGGCCGGAUCAGGAACAGGUGGCGGGGCACGGUUCCCACCGGCCGCCAGUCUUGCUCGAGCUGUUCGUAUAGCUAGGCACUAGCUGGAUCUGCUGACUGUUUCUAAUUAGAGAACCUGUAAAUGAUUUUAGAAUGAGAUAUGUUCAUUGUUUGA